AUGAGCCUCUUCCAUCCGAAUCGCCACUCAGCACAGCCAAGCCCGCCAAAAGUCCCAUAUUUGGCGUCACCCGAGGACUUGACGAGUCCAGAAUCGUUGAACAACAAUCAAAGGCGGGAAUUCGACCCGGAUUUGUACGAGGAUCGAUACAAUGAUCCAUUCGAAAUCGAGCCUCGAGUGCAUCAACGAGCGCCGAAUCGGCAAUCCUUUGAAGAACCGUAUCCGGAAGACUUUGACGAUGAAGAAAAGGAAGAGGAACAUGAGAGAACGCCGAUGUUGAGAAUUUAUGCACAACUUGUGCGGGGUGGGACGGUGGAAAACGUGGAAGUGAUCAAGACGAAAACCGGUCUACUCGUCAAUCAUUUGCUGUCGAACGCGAGCCGAGCCUGGGGGCCCCACACGGAUACCGGAAAGAAGGCGAUCAUUGAGAACUCGAAUGUUGCGUGUGCAUUGCGGGACCCAGCGGGGCAAUAUUUCGGCGGGCUGCGGGGUUUGGUAAAUGUAGGAGAUUGG